AUGCACCUACCUAGCAAAGAUAAUAGUGAAGACAACGAAGACGAUGUGGAUGAGGGAGAUAAUGAGGAAAAUGAAUCAUCUCUUCUCAAAGAUUUCAGUGCUUGUAUGUUUGAAUAUGAAGACCCAGAAACAUUUGAAGAUGCUUUUAAUGUUAUGAGAAGCAAGGUGAAAAAGAAAACUUGGAUGGAUAGUAUUUAUAAGGUAAAGGAGAAGUGGGCAGAAUGUUUUAUGAGAGAUGCUUUCACUUUGGGAAUGCGAAGCACACAACUAAGUGAAAGUUUGAACAAUGACCUCAAGAAUCAUCUCAAGUCAGAUUUAGAUAUCAACCGCUUUUUUCAUCAUUUUGAAAGAGCCGUGAAAGUGAAAAGAGACACUGAGAUAAAUUCAGAGUAUGAGUCUAGGAAGAGUCUACCUAGAAUCAAAAUCCCCACACCAAUGUUGCAACAAGUCAGUAGUCUUUAUACUCCUGCUAUAUUUGAAGCUUUUCAAACCGAAUAUGGGAGGUCAAUGGCAGCAAGUGCUCACAUACUACCUGGAGACAAUGAAUACAUGGUUAAGAUUGGAAGGCUUGUUGAUGGGCAAUAUGCAACAUCUGAAGAAGAAUACAAAGUUGUUGGAGACAAUCACCAACAAACGGCUUCAUGUAGUUGUGGGCAGUUUGAGAGAGUAGGAAUUUUGUGUGCUCAUGCUUUGAAAGUUCUUGAUUUAAUGAAUAUCAAGUUGUUGCCGGCACACUACAUUUUGAAGCGAUGGACAAGGAAAGCACGGUCAGGAUCCAUCAAAGAUUGUUGUGGACGGACUGUAGUUGAAAAUCCAAAGUUGGAUGCCAUCACCCAAUACAAUUUUCUUAUACACAUGUGUUGUGAGUUGGCAACUCUAGCAGCCAACUCUGAAGAAUGUUGUAUUGUCAUCGAGAAUGCACUUAUUAGUGCUACUAAGCAAGUGAAGGAACUAUUGGGUGCAUGCACAACUAAUGUUGAAGACAGAUGCCAUGUCCAGGUGGCUCAAUCAUCAAAGGAAUCGUUGAGUGCUACACAAGUGACUCAAACAUCAAAUGAAUUGUUGAGUGUUGCACGUCUAAAGAAAAAAGAGGUUGAGAAGAAAGGCUCUAAAAGAAAAAUAGGUUUCCUUGAGAGGCAACACAAGAGGAGGAGGAAAACACCAUCUGCGACCACAGCGAGAACAGGAAGAGAAGAUUGUUCCAUCAGCCAGCAGGGAGAAAAGGGGAACAUACCAUCACAGACUAGUUCGGUAAACAAGGUUGUCUCAAAAUCAACAAAAAAGACGAAACCAAUACCAAAACCGAAGGAAGCAAGCUCUGGAAAAUAUGAGUUCAUGGAAAGUUUCACCGAUCUGUUGACAACUCCUAUCGUUGAUGACAUAGAUGUUGACACAUUCUGA